CCCCAUUUCUUCCUCUUCCUUCGGCCAUUGCUGAGCUUUACACCCAGUUUCUCUCUCUAAAAACCUCACUUUCUCUCUCUAGAUCUUCUCUCAUGGCUUCUUGUUUCGCUCCUGUAUCGGUUUCAGGUGGAUCUCAUCUCAAGCCACAUGAGCUUUCAUCGGCCAAGUCCAUUACAUUUGGGAAAAUGCCAAGACUGAUAAUUCAGAGGAAAUCAAACCAAGUGGAAACCAGCCGGAAAUUUUCAGUUUGUGCACAGUAUCGAGAUGGAAAUCGGGGAGGAGGUGGUGAUUUUGUUGCUGGAUUUCUUCUAGGAGGUGCAGUGUUUGGAACUUUAGCUUAUGUCUUUGCCCCACAGAUCAGAAGAUCUCUGCUAAAUGAAGAUGAAUAUGGUUUUCGGAAAGCGAAGAGACCAAUAUAUUACGAUGAAGGCUUAGAGAAGACGAGGCAGACCUUGAAUGCAAAAAUCAGCCAACUUAACUCUGCUAUUGACAAUGUAUCUUCACGUUUAAGAGGAGGCAAUAAUUCACCUCCUGUACCAAUGGAAUCUGAUCCUGAAGUAGAGGCUACGAUUUGAGAUUUUGUUUUUUGUUAUAGUUUCCUAGUUCUGAAGAUACCAACUGUACUUGGCUUGUUAAUUACUUGCGAAUUAUUGAAAACAAAAAUGGGAUUUGUUGCAAUGUAUUCAUGUUAUUGUAUUUGAUUGGAGAUUUGCUUUUUCCUA